GAAAGCGAAAGCGUUGCCAGCGUUGCCAGCGUUGCCGGCGCGGCCCGCGGGCACAGCCAGGCUGGGGUCAGGCCGGAGCCGGGCCGCCGGGAUGCUCAGGACUCCAGAGCCGCGGUCCGGAGAGGCAGAAGCGGAGGGGGCAGCGCCGCCGACCCCGUCCAAGCCGCUCACGUCCUUCCUCAUCCAGGACAUCCUGCGGGACGGCGCUCAGCGGCCAGGCGGCCACAGGGGUACCUCGCGACGGCGGGACCCGGAGCUGGAGGCGGAGGGAGGACGCGGUGGUGCCGGGGCGCAGAAGGACGAGCUGAGCUCUGGGCCCCGCGCCGCGCCGGAGACGGAGCCAGAUAGGCACUUGGGGUCUUAUCUGUUGGACUGUGAAAAGACUUCAGGCGCCCUUCCAAGCCUCCCCCAAACCCCCAAGCAGCCGCAGAAGCGCUCGCGGGCUGCUUUCUCCCACACGCAGGUUAUCGAAUUGGAGAGGAAGUUCAGCCAUCAGAAGUACCUGUCGGCCCCUGAACGGGCUCACCUGGCCAAGAACCUCAAGCUCACGGAGACCCAAGUGAAAAUAUGGUUCCAGAACAGACGCUAUAAGACUAAACGGAAGCAACUCUCCUCGGAGCUGGGAGGCUUGGAGAAGCACUCCUCUUUGCCAGCGCUGAAAGAGGAGGCCUUCUCCCGGGCCUCCCUGGUCUCCGUGUAUAACAGCUAUCCUUACUACCCAUACCUGUACUGUGUGGGCAGCUGGAGCCCACCUUUUUGGUAAUGCCAGCUCAGGUGACAACCACGUAUGAUCAAAAGCUGCCUUCCCCGGGGUGUCUCUCAGAAAAGCACAAGGGGCCAAGCUCAAGGAGCGACAGGUGUGCACACCAAAGCUGUUGGAGAUUUGCGUGGCAAUCUCAGAUUCUUCACUGGUGGGACAAUGAAAAAAACAGACAGUGGCAGUUUUAAUAUCUCAUUCAUUCCCCCAGUGCAUACUGUAGGUCAUUUUUUGCUUCUGGCUACCUGUUUGAAGGGGGGAGAGGGAAAAUCAAGUGCUAUUUCCAGCACGUUGUAUGAUUUUGGAUGAGCUGUACACCUGAGGAUUCUGUCCUACAUCUCUGUCCUCCUGUGUCACUGAAUAUCAGCUCUGAAGAAGCAAACCUAAAGGGAGGAAGGACAGCCAGGAUGAGGAUGUCACCAACUGAAUUCAACUUAAGUCCAGAAGCCUUCUGUUGGCCAAGGCUCUCUCUGUCCCUGUAAAAGAGAGGGGCAAAUUGAAGGUCUCCAAGAGAACGCCUUCAUGCUCAGCACACAUUUGUGUGGGAGAGGGAGAUGGGUGGGAGGAGGUGAAAUAUCAGCUGCUUCUUAUUCCUUCUUAUUCCUUUUAAAAUAUUAUGCCAACUUAAGUAUUUACAGGGUGGCCCAAAUAGAACAAGAUGCACUCACUGUGAUUUUUAAGACAAGCUGUAUAAACAGAACUCCACUGCAAGUGGUGGGGCCUUGCCAGAGAAUCUUCACAUGUCCAACCCAGGGGCCUAAGGAGGGUCUUCACACUGCUUCUAGGGGCUGUUGCAUUUUUUAUUAGCAGAAAGGCCUCUUCUCAACUUUUUUCCCCCGGAUUGGAGAAUUUAGAAUCAAACGUUUUCUGGAGUUUACAGGCUAUCACAUGUACUGAAUCCUGAGAGACAACAUAAUUCUUCCUUCCCUCCUUUUUAAAUAUUUUGUUCCUUUUUUUGCAGCAGUUACUCACUAAAGGGCUUCAUUUUAGUCCCAACUUUGAGUCUGGCUACACCUAACAUAUGCCUCGUUUAUUUAGCCUGAGAUCUGGUCUUUCUUUCUUUUUUCCACCUCUCCCCAAAUCUUUGUCUGUCCUGAGUUUAAAAAAAAAAAAAAAAAAAAAAAAAAAAGCUGGGGAACAGAUUCUGAAUUAGCUAAAAGAGAUGCAUUUUUAAAACUAGCAACUCUUCUUUCCUUUAAAAAUAUACAGCAUUAAAUCCCAAUCCUGUUUAAAGACCUGACAGCUUGAGAAGGUCACUGCUGCGUUUAUAGCACCUUCUGGUGGUUCUGUUGUUACGUUCGAAGUCUGACAAUUCCUGGGAAUCUUUGCAUGCAGAGGAGGUAAGAGAUAUCGGAUUUUCAUAGAGAAGGAAGAACACGGUGCAGAAUGAAGGGCCAGGCUCACUGAGCUGACCAGCGGGGGGCUCAUGGGUGGGACAUGGAAAAGAAGGCAGCCUAGGCCUUGGGGAGCCCAGUCCACUGAGCAAGCAAGGGACUCAGCCUUCGGUAUGAAAAGGCUAAGAUAAAGAAAACCUGUUUCAAAACACAAGAAGCUGUCUAAACACUUUGGGGACUGUGUUUAAUGCCUCUAAUGGGUCUCCAAUAUGGAUGACCUAGACUUUAGAGAGAAUGAGCAGAGAGCAAAGGAGAAAUCUGGCUAUCCUACCAUUUUCAUUCUGUUAUCUCAGGGGACCUGGUAGAGGGGAGACAUCAGAAAAAAUAAAACAACAAAAUAAUUACUAAUGAGGUACGCUAUGCCUGGAAGUUUCUUGAUUCCACUACUUAAUUCUGUUUAGUGAGAAACCUUUCAAUUUUCUUUUAUUAAAAGGGCAAAUUUACUGUUGGUGGCAAAAUUGCCAACAUAAGUUCAUAGAAAGUUGGCCGAUUUCACCCCAUUUUCUGUGGUUUGGGAUCCACAUUGAAAUGUUUAAUGCCACAUGCUGCCAACACCCACCAGGGUACUAGACAGCACAAAGCCAGGGUAGCUUUCUGCUUUGUGCAUUUCUUUAAAAAUAAGUGUUUAGUGCUCACUCCCUCUUGUACUCUCUCUCCCCUCCUCUGAAUUUAAUUAUUUCCACUUGAAAUUUGCAAGGAUUACACAUUUCACUGUGAUGUAUAUUGUGUUGCAAAAAAA